GAGCCGGCGAGGGGAUUUCCCCCACCCCCUCCCCCCGCUCCCUGGGAGUGGGAGGCAGCGGCAGGCUCUGGCAGGCGCAGAGCUGGUGGCAGAGCGGGUGGCGGUGACAGGAGGCGCCCGAGUCGGCGCGAUGGAGCCUGCUGUGUCCCUGGCUGUGUGCGCGCUGCUCUUCCUGCUCUGGAUCCGUGUAAAGGGGCUGGAGUUCGUGAUCAUCCACCAGCGCUGGGUGUUCGUGUGCCUCUUCCUCCUGCCGCUCUCGCUCAUCUUCGACAUCUACUACUACGUGCGCGCCUGGGUGGUGUUCAGGCUCAGCAGCGCGCCGCGGCUGCACCAGCAGCGCGUGCGGGACAUACAGAAACAGGUACGAGAGUGGAAGGAACAGGGCAGCAAAACGUUCAUGUGCACGGGGCGCCCUGGCUGGCUCACUGUCUCGCUGCGGGUUGGGAAGUACAAGAAGACACACAAAAACAUCAUGAUCAACCUGAUGGACAUUCUGGAGGUGGACACCAAGAAACAGAUUGUCCGUGUGGAGCCCUUGGUAACCAUGGGUCAGGUGACCGCCCUGCUGACCUCCAUUGGCUGGACUCUGCCUGUUUUGCCUGAGCUCGAUGACCUCACUGUAGGGGGCUUGAUCAUGGGUACUGGCAUCGAGUCGUCAUCCCACAAGUAUGGUCUGUUCCAGCACAUCUGUACAGCCUACGAGCUGGUCCUGGCUGAUGGCAGCUUUGUGCGAUGUACACCGUCUGAAAACUCAGAUCUGUUCUAUGCUGUGCCCUGGUCCUGUGGGACAUUGGGCUUCCUGGUGACCGCCGAGAUCCGCAUCAUCCCUGCCAAGAAGUACAUCAGGCUGCGGUUCGAGCCAGUGCGGGGCCUGGAGAAUAUCUGUGACAAGUUCUCCCGCGAGUCCCAGCGGCUGGAGAACCACUUUGUGGAAGGGCUGCUCUACUCCCUGGAUGAGGCCGUCAUCAUGACGGGUGUCAUGACGGACGAAGCAGAGCCCAGCAAGCUGAACAGCAUUGGCAACUACUACAAGCCGUGGUUCUUCAAGCACGUGGAGAACUACCUGAAGAGAAACCAAGAGGGCCUGGAGUACAUUCCCCUGAGGCACUACUAUCACCGCCACACGCGCAGCAUCUUCUGGGAGCUCCAGGACAUCAUCCCCUUCGGCAACAACCCCAUUUUCCGCUACCUCUUUGGUUGGAUGGUACCUCCCAAGAUCUCCCUCCUGAAGCUGACCCAGGGCGAGACCCUGCGCAAGCUGUAUGAACAGCACCACGUGGUGCAGGACAUGCUGGUGCCCAUGAAGUGCAUGCUGCAGGCCCUGCACACCUUCCACAAUGACAUCCACGUCUACCCCAUCUGGCUGUGCCCAUUCAUCCUGCCCAGCCAGCCAGGCCUGGUGCACCCCAAAGGAGACGAGGCAGAGCUCUACGUCGACAUUGGGGCCUAUGGGGAGCCACGCAUAAAGCACUUUGAGGCCAGGUCCUGCAUGAGGCAGCUGGAGAAGUUCGUCCGAAGCGUGCAUGGAUUCCAGAUGCUGUAUGCCGAUUGCUACAUGAACCGGGAGGAGUUCUGGGAGAUGUUUGACGGCUCCCUCUACCACAAGCUGCGGGAGCAGCUCAACUGCCAGGACGCCUUCCCAGAGGUGUAUGACAAGAUCUGCAAGGCCGCCAGGCACUGAGCCGAGGCCCGGCUGGGAAAGAGACUCGUGGGUGGAGCCUGUCCCCCAGGACUAGGAGGCAUCUUCCCUUCACUCAAGCUCAGCUGCUGUCCAGCUUCACACUUUCAGAUAGAAGCCCCUUCAGUGGUCCCACCCAGACAGCCCCAUGGCUUUCUCCUAGCUCCUGAGGGCAGCCUAGGGGAGUGGAAAGAACCUGAGAUCCGGAAUCAGACAAACUUGGCUCCAGUUCCCAGUUUAACCACUCAUUAACUGUAUAGCUCUGGGCGAGUCAGUUAACCCCUCUGAGGCCCAGUUUCUUCAUCUGUCCAAAGGGGAUAAUAAUACUAUAGGUCAUUGUAAAGACUAGCAAUCGUAUAGGUCAAGCACCUGUCACAUUAUAGGUGCUGGGUAAGUGGUAGCUAUUAUUAUUGCUUCCCAUUCAGCACCACAUCUGACUAAAAUGCUUUGGAUUCACCAGUUGAGUCUAGAAAGCUCCACAUUAGGUCACCUGUGCACAGGUUUGGCUGGAAUGAUGAAGGGGAUGCCCUGGAGUUGUACUGCCAUUGCCUCAGUCAGCCAGAAGAGCUCCUCAUGGGAGAAGGAACGUGCCUCUCCAUCCCUGGGGCCUCAGGAGGGCAGCAGAUGGAGCAGACAGACCCAAGAAGUGCUGUGCCAAAGCCAGGUCCAAUUCCAAAGUUGUCUCUGCCGUUCUUGGUGAUGUCCUGCCCCUUCCACCCCUCCUUCACACACGGCUUGCAGGCCCACCCCAGCCAUUGCUGAGUCUGCUCCGGAGGACCAUGUCCUGGAGAGGACAUGUCAAGCCUAGGUCUGGGACCGCCAGGUGAAGGGAGUGGUCUCCACUCUGAAUUGAUCCCAAGGACCUGGGCCUGUAUUUCUUGGCUCUCCAACCCUCCAGGCCUCCUCUUGUCCCCAGAACCUACUUAGGCAUGGUGGGGCGCUUCCCUGCCACUCCGUGGCAUGGGGGCUGGGGUGGGCCACACCAAGCCAGAAAACGGAGCCUGCCGUCAUUACUUCUGUGAGGCAGGUCUGAAAGAAAAGAGCAUCAUGGACUU